UUUUCACACAGCUUCUCUCAGGGCUCCCUGUGUGUGAAAAAGUGCAGAACACAACAUUUUUAUUGUUGUUGGGGCCCAAUCCAAACUUCUUCAAAGACUCCUUGAGCUAUUUGGAAUACACAGAUGCUUCCAGCUACGAGUAGUUGCAGCACCAGUGGAGCUGAACUGCAGUCAGGACCAGAAAAUGUUUGUCACUAUCCUGUUUGGAGUUUUAAGAUGGUUUUCUUGGCAGACAGCAAGAUGGAAAUGUUCAACCUCAACUGCAAGCUGAUAAACUUCAUCCAUCAUCUAAAGCAGAGGUGCAGUCUGGACUUCAAAGAGUGUGUGGACCUGAUGGACAGCAGCGGUAAAGUGAUGAACCUGGAGGCGAGCCAGCACAGCGUGGCUCUGGCCAGCAGUGUUCUGGUACAGAGACAGUUCUACGUCCUCCUGAGAGUCUGCAGAGAUGAUGCUGGAGGACGGACGUAUGUCUCUCUCCUAAACAACUACAGCCAGAGUCACCCUGAGUUAACAGAGCUGCUGAGGAAACUGUCAGAUCAACUCAAGGAUCCAGACAGAAAAAUCAGAAGAGGAAGGUUGCAGAGCAGCAAAAACAUAUCUGCAAAGAGAUGAGUCACCAAAUCAAACAGUUUCUCCCUUAAAGUCUGCUUUCUUGACAUUUCCUGACAUAUUUACAUAGAACAGAUGAAUGAUAUGUUAAAUUACUAGACAUAUGUUUUCUAUUUUAGCAAGCUGUACUGUCAAAUAAAUGAUGUUUUAUUAGAAGAUGGUUGAAAAUGUCUUUGAGUUGAUGUAUGAAUGAUUAAAAAAAGAUGUCUUAUUGCUUAUUCUGAUCGUAGCCUUAAAGUUGCACUAACUGAAAUAACUGCUUUAACCACAAACUUUGGAAACACUCACUUUAGAAAUUUCAAGUGUGAUACUAAGAUAACAUAAAAUGUUUCCACACAAAAUGAUAUCACAAAUCAAACAUUGAUCAAACACAACUGUGGCAUGAAGAUAUAUGAUUCUGCUUUAAUCUAACAGACAGCAGAAUUAUUUUUUUUUCAAAGUAACAGAAGUAGUAAAAGAAAUGGAAAAUGAGUACAACACACAUUGAUUUCAAACUCUUGUACAUUUUUUUAAGGACGACUUUAGUUUGACUGCUCUUGUAAGAAUAUUUUGCAAAUCUGUGCAAUAAAUGCCUUUAUUUUCUGCA